AAUAAAGAAAAAAGAAAAAUUAAGGAAAAAAAAAAAAAGGAGAGAGAAAAUUAGGGUUCCUUUCUGGUCUGGGUAAAUGUUUAAUCCCCAGCUCGGAGAAAAUGCAGCUCAAAAGUGCUUUUUUUCUCAGCAAGUCUGAACCAGUCAGCCUGGUGCCUCCUCCCUCCGGUUCACACCCUCCCUCCCACCGCUCCGGAGGAAUAUCCCAGCCUGCUCCCAAGCGCGCCUGGGCACCGGGGGCAGGACGGAGCCAGCUCCCACCGGGCUGGGAGAGCCGAGGGACCGGGAACUUUGUGUGCCCGGGGCUGGCUGCCACCCUCCCGCGAGGCUCCGGGGGCUGCAUCGGCCGGGAUGGGGUCCCCGCACUGGAAAAGGCUUUGCCUUCUGCUCCUGGCAGGUUUAACAUCCUCCCUGCUGCUCUACAGUCACUACCACGCCACGGUGGAGGUGCCCACCAGCCCGAGGAUCAUAGCCAGCUUGCUGCAGCCGGGGCCGCUGGUCCUGGCUCCCUCAGGGACACCACAGGGAGCCAGCAGCCACAGGUGGGCUCUUGGAGGCAGCUUGGAGAGUGGGAAUUCCUUCAAGCCCUCUGCUGAGCUGGAGGAGCCGGAGCCCAGCAGAAAGCAGCCCAGCCCCUGCCUCCACUCUGUAAUGGCCAGAGCAAAUGCAGACCCCAAGUUUCGGGACAUCUUCCGCUUCAACACCCCGGUGCUGAUGUGGGACCAGCACUUCACCCUGGAGACCUGGGACAGGCUGAAGACUCGACAUGUCCCCUAUGGCUGGCAAGGCUUGUCCCUCGCAGUGGUGGGCAGCACCCUGCAGCUCCUCAACGCCUCGGCCAACCGGCACCUCUUCGACAGGGCCGCCUUCUCCGGGGGCUGCGUGCGCUGUGCCGUGGUGGGCAACGGUGGCAUCCUCAACGGCUCGCGGCAGGGCCAGGCCAUCGACAGCCACCACCUGGUCUUCAGGCUCAACGGUGCCGUGAUCAAGGGCUUCGAGGAGGAUGUUGGCACCAAGGUCUCCUUCUACGGCUUCACGGUGAACACCAUGAAGAACUCGCUCGUCUCCUAUGAGGAGUAUGGCUUCACCCAGAUCCCCCAGGGCAAGGACCUGAGGUACAUCUUCAUCCCCUCGGAUCUCCGUGACUACGUCAUGCUGAAAUCAGCCAUCCAGGGCAGCCCCGUGCCCGAGGGCUCGGACAAGGGCGACGACCCACAGAAGUAUUUUGGACCGGAGGCAUCUGCGGAGAAGUUCAAGCUGCUGCAUCCUGAUUUCCUGCAGUACCUGACAGCGAGGUUCCUGCGGUCAGAGCUCCUCAACACCCAGUACAGCUCCCUGUACAUGCCCAGCACCGGCGCCCUCAUGCUCCUCACCGCGCUCCACACCUGCGACCAGGUGAGUGCCUACGGGUUCAUCACGGACAACUACGAGCAGUUCUCAGACCACUACUACGAGGUGGAGAAGAAGCCUCUGGUGUUUUAUGCCAACCACGACAUGAUGCUGGAGGCGGCGCUGUGGAGGAGCCUGCACCGCGCAGGGAUCAUCACCCUCUACCAGCGCUGAGGCCGGAGCUGCCCCACAGGGGCAAGUCCAAGGACUCUUGUGGCUCUUCUCCUUCCUCCUGAGGGUCACCUUCUCCCUCCUGAGGCCUCUUCCCAGCUGGCCCACGGAGCAGGCUUGCUGCACCACAGCCGGCAGUGAUGUGAGGAUAAGAGGGCAGCUGGUGCUGCUGGAGGAAUGUUGCAUCUCCUCAGGGAUCAGUGUGGUUGAACAUGGCCUUUGGGGCAGCCAGAAGCACCACAGCUGUGGCUGUGCCCUGCCAGCCCCGUGAAUGUGGGUUUGGGGCAGCAGUGGCCCCUGUGGAGCACAGGAGGGGCAGGGUGAUGCUGGAAGAGGAUGCUGGAAAAUGCCCUUCACCUUAAAAUGGUCACCACCAUGGUGGGACCACAGCAGGCAGGAUAAACCCUUGCACUGGAGCUCAGGUGACAAGAGGUGACAUGUCUGGAGAACACCUCUCUCCAGAAAGUCCCAGCUGUGUGUGGAUGUGUGCCACGUUCCAGAAGGAUCUGUUUGCCUCCCUGGUCAGUGGCACAGAGAGUAGGACAGACACACUGGGCCCUGUCACUGUCCCCUUCCUGAGGUCUGGUGUUUUCUGACAAGGAAGGGGCUCAAAAGCCACCAGCUACAAGGAGGGUCACAGCAGC